UUUUUUAUGUCUCCAGUAUCUGCUAUUAACCCAUCUACAUGCAAACGUCAAGAACAGUUUGAUUUAAAUGGGGUGUAUAAAACUGGAGAUCUAAUUAUAGGAGGAAUUUUUGCAAUUCAUUUUGAAGCAACUGCUCCAGAACUUUCCUUCACAUCCAAACCAGAACAAUGGAAAUGCAAAAGUCUUGAGGUUUCAGUAUUUCAGAGGCUUCAAACAAUGCUGUUUGCAAUUGCAGAAAUAAACAGGGAUCAAACACUUCUCCCGAAUAUAACUCUGGGGUACAGAGUCUAUGACAACUGUGUAAAGCUGCCUGUGGCUCUGCGAGCUGCAACAGCGUUGAUUGGAGGGCUUGACAAUGAUUUCAUCAACAGUGGCUGCAGUGGACCCCCACCUGUUGUUGCCAUAAUUGGAGACCCCCUGUCUUCACAUUCCAUUGCUAUCUCAAGAAUAUUGAGUCUAUUCCAAAUGCCAUUGGUCAGCUAUUCUGCCUCCUGUUCAUGUUUAAGCAGUAAAAUAGAGUAUCCAACAUUUUUCCGCACCGUACCAAGUGAUGCUUUUCAAGUAAAAGCAAUGGUUCAGAUAAUUAAACAUUAUGGCUGGACUUGGGUGGGUGCUAUUGCAAGUGAAGAUGACUAUGGCCAAUAUGCUAUCAAGACAUUUCAAGAGGAAAUGAAGGCGUUUGGCUGCAUCUCUUUUAUAGAAACCGUCUCCACAAUGAAUGACAAUAGGAGGGUUCUUCAAAUAGUUGAUACAAUUCAACAGUCAACAGCAAAAGUGAUUGUUGUCUUUUCAGCAGAGGCAGAAUUAAUGAGAUUGGUAAAAGAAAUAGUUCAUCACAACAUUACUGGCAGACAGUGGAUUGCAAGUGAAGCAUGGAGCACCUCUGCUGUGUUAGCCACCAAGGAAAACUUUGGCUCAUUCGGUGGGACAAUAGGUAUUGCUAUUCGUAGAGGAGAAAUCCAGGAUUUGGAAAGUUUUCUUUAUCAGAUACGUCCCAAGUUGGACCUAAAUAGCAAUUUACUACUACAGUUCUGGGAAAAAUUAUUUGACUGUUAUUUUCAAGAAACUGCAAUAAAGACAAACACAACAGUAUCAUCUGUAAUGCGAACAGAAUGCACUGGUUUGGAAGAUAUUCAAACAAUUCACACAACAUAUAGUGACGUAUCUGAAUUAAGGAUUGCCUAUAAUGUUUAUAAAGCAGUGUAUGCAUUAGCACAUGCAUUACAUGACUUAAUGAGUUGUCAAAAUGGAAAAGGCCCUUUUGAAAACAAUGAAUGUGCUGACAUCAAAAACAUGCAGCCUUACCAGCUUCUACAUUAUCUGAAAAGAGUAAAUUUCACAAAUCGUUUAGGGGAAAGAGUGUCUUUUGAUGAAAAUGGAGAUGCUCUAGCAAUUUAUGACAUUAUAAACUGGCAAAUGACAAAUAAUGGAAGUGUGAAAAUUAAAACAAUUGGCCUUUUUGAGGAAUCAGCAUCUGCUGGGAAGGAGGUUUUCCUUGAUGAGGAGAGUAUCUUUUGGAACACAGAAUCUAGAAAAGUUCCAGAAUCAAUUUGCAGUAAAGGUUGCCUUCCAGGUACAAGGAGAGCUAACAGGAAAGGGCAGCCAGUCUGCUGUUUUGACUGCAUUCCCUGUGCAGAAGGGGAAAUAAGCAAUAUAAUCGAUUCAUCCGAAUGCUUCAAAUGUCCAAUUGAUUUUUGGUCAAAUGGUGUAAGAAACCAUUGCAUACUGAAAGAAAUUGAAUUCCUGUCCUAUGAAGAUGCCAUGGGUAUUACUCUGACAACAGUGGCAUCAGUUGGGGGUUUUAUCUCAGUGGGCAUUUUAGCCGUUUUUAUAUACCAUCGAAACACUCCUGUUGUAAAAGCAAAUAAUUCAGAACUGAGUUUCCUUUUGCUCAUUUCUCUAACCCUGUGCUUCCUUUGCGCCUUGUGUUUUAUUGGAAAACCAUCUGACUUAAACUGUAUGCUUAGACAUGUGAUGUUUGGGAUCAGUUUUGUAUUAUGCAUUUCUUGUAUCCUAGUGAAAACAAUUGUGGUAAUAAUGGCAUUUAGAGCGACACUGCCUGGCAAUAACACAAUGAAGUGGUUUAGUAUAUCAAAGCAGAGAGGUACAGUGUUCUUUUUUACCUUUAUUCAGUCAAUAAUAUGUAUAAUAUGGCUGGCCUCUGCACCUCCAUAUCCAUAUAAAAACACCAAAUACCAAAAUGCCAAAAUUAUUAUUGAGUGUGAUGUUGGGUCAUCAGCUGGAUUUGGCUGCCUGCUGGGAUACAUUGGCUUGCUUGCUUGUAUAUGUUUUCUCUUAGCCUUUCUAGCAAGAAACUUACCAGACACAUUCAAUGAAGCUAAAUUCAUCACAUUCAGCAUGCUGAUUUUCUGUGCCGUCUGGAUUACUUUCAUUCCUGCUUAUAUUAGUUCACCAGGAAAACACACAGUAGCUGUAGAAAUAUUUGCAAUUUUAGCUUCAAGUUUUGGUCUACUUUUUGCAAUAUUUGCUCCUAAAUGUUACAUCAUUUUAUUAAAGCCAGAACAAAAUACAAAGAAAGCACUGAUGGGCAGGGGCACCAAUGAAAAAUGA